AUGGCCGCCCGACACAUCGCCACGAAAGCCAUGAAGCCUCACCUGUACUACAUGUCCGCGUGGUUCUGCCCCUUCGCGCACAGGGCGACGCUGGCGUUGGAGCAUCACUCGUCCCAUCUGACGUGGGAGUGGAUAGAGGCGCUCGGCUGGGAGAAGCGCAGGGCGACGGACGAGUCGCUGCAGACGGAACACGAGAACUGGUACCACUUCAAGGCGCCCGAGCUCAUGAAGCAUAACCCGCUCGGUAUGGUCCCGACCCUCGUCUCCGAGGCGACGUUCACCGGAGACGCCUCGAAGGGACCUGCCAAGCCCCCGGUCCGGGAGUCGCUCGUGGCCAUCGAGUUCGUCGACGAGCUCGUCGGGGGCGGGGACGUGCCCAUAAUGCCCUCCUGCCCGUACGAGCGGGCCAAGAUGAGGGUCGCGGCCGAUGUCGUCAAUAAGAAGGUGUGUUCCAAGUACUACCACGUCCUGGUGCGACAGGACCCGCGGGAGCAACGGGAGGGAUUCGAGGCGCUCGUCGCCGGGCUGGACGAGUUUGGCAGCCAACUCGACGGGGGGCCGUUCUACGGCGGCCGGAGCACGCCCGGUCUGGUGGACUACGCGCUGUUCCCGUGGGCGCACCGCCUGCCGGUGUUCGUGCACUAUAGGGGAGAGCAGUACGCGAUACCGAAAAACACGCCGGGGCUGAAGGCGUACCACGAGUGGCUCGCCGCGAUGCAUGCGCUGCCAAAAGUGCGAAAGACGUGUCCGCCUUGGGACGACUACCUCGCGCACAUCGGGCGGUACGCCGACGGUAGCGCGAGGAGUAAGGUGGCGAACGCGGUCAGGGACGGGCGGGACGCGCACCAGUACGACGACGUCAAGGACGACACGAGCCACUGA